AUGGCUACACCGACCUCAGCCCUGCCAGCGGCAGCAAGGAAUAUGUUGCUGUCAUCUCGGUUAUAUCUGCGCAAGGAUGUUCGCCUUGCCCCUUUCCUCUAUCCUCUGCAACGGCAGCAGGUUCGCUGUGCUACCAACAAUCCGCAAGCCAAAGGGAAAAAGGACAAAGGCAAGACCAAGAAAAAGGACAAACCAAGGGACUUUUACCAACAUGAUUUGUCUCUAAUUGAUCGCUACGCCCUCUGUGAUGCGAUGAGAUACAUCCGCGCAUUCGAAGUCGGACGCGACCGCGAAUCAUCCAAGUACGAGGUCCAUAUCAGAUUGAAGUCGAAAAGGGAUGGACCUGUUAUCCGAAACAUGGUGCGGUUCCCUCAUGCUGUGCAGACUGAGUCGAGGAUAUGUGUGAUUGCACCUUCGGGCUCGAAACACGCCAAAGACGCCCUCGCAGCGGGAGCAUCGCUUGUCGGAGAGCAAGAAGUCUUUGAUGCUGUCAAGGCAGGCAAUAUUGACUUUGAACGAUGCAUCUGUCACACGGAUAGUCUCGACGCGAUGAACAAAGCCGGAAUGGGUCGAUUCCUUGGUCCGAGGGGACUGAUGCCGAACGUCAAGACUGGUACCGUGGUUGACGACGUUGGAAUCCGCGUGCAGAUGCUUCGUGGAGGUACUGUAUACCGUGAGAGAGAUGCAGUUAUUCGGAUGCCAAUCGGCCAAUUGGGCUUUUCACCCGAUCAGCUACGAGACAAUUUGCGGGCCACCAUUGAGCAGAUCAAGAAAGAUGCCACUCAAUUGAGUGACCGCAUCACCAAAGAAAUUUACGAAGUCGUGCUCAGCUCGACACACGGCCCUGGCUUCAGUCUCAACGGAGAGUUCACAUCUGAAAACUCCACUCAGGGGCAAUUCCUUACUGGACUUUGA